UCAGACCCUAUGAUUCCAACGCAUUCAGGGGCUCCUGGAACCGACGCCCCCAGGGCAGAGGUCAGUACCAAGGGCGCAGGGGCAACUCAUCGUCCUCAUAUAGGGGAGGUCCUCGCCUACACAAGUAGUAUUAACGCCAUCCCCAUAGGUGGCAGAUUACUUAAUUUUGGAGAUCGAUGGCUGCGCCUUACUACGGUCCCCUGGAUCAGGGACCUCUUCACUUAUGGCUAUACCAUAGAGUUCUGGGCAACCCCAUCAGACAGAUUCCACCCGUCUCCUUGCCCAAGGGCACCAGCCAGGCACAACAUCAUGCAGACAGCUAUGCAUCACCUCUUGCACAUAGCGGCAAUAGAGCCAGUUCCCACAACUGAGAGAUCGGAAGGGGUGUACUCCCUCCUAUUUGCUGUGCCAAAACGAGAUUUAUCUUGGAGGGCGGUAUUGGAUCUCAAGUUUGUCAACCGUUUUGUAACAUACCGCAGGUUCAAAAUGGAAUUUCUCCAUUCCAUUACCGAGAGUCUGCAUGAAGGAGACUUCCUGGCUUCUAUCGACCUUAAGGAAGCGUAUCUCCAUGUACCCAUUUGCAUAGCCCACAGAAAGUUUCUUCGGUUUACCUUUGGCCACCAACAUUUUCAAUACAGAGCGAUGCCAUUUGGCCUCUCCUCUGCUCCAAGAGUAUUUUCCAAGGUGCUACUCAUCCUAGUGGCUUACCUUCGGACCCAAGGGGUUCAUAUCUACCCAUAUUUGGAUGAUCUGCUCAUACGGGCCAAAUCUGAAGAGCUGGCUCAUCAUCAUUUAAUGAUCACCCUCAAUGUUUUGCAGACCUACGGCUGGCUUGUCAACUUCGACAAAAGCCAUCUCCAACCAACCCAACGCCUACUACAUCUUGGGGCAAUGUUGGACACCCUGCAGGCAAUGGUCUUCCUGGCUCCAGAUCGCAUCACUGCCAUCACAAGCAUCGCAAGGUCCCUGAUGCAACAAACAUCCGCAGACGUCAUGCUUCUCGCCAGAGCGCUCGGGAUGUUUAUCUCCACAAUCCACAUUGUGCCCUGGGCUCGGGCUCACACUCGGCCCCUUCAGUGGACUCUGUUGCCUUUUCAAAAAGACAUUGCCAGCUCCAACCAUCGCAAAGUUCAUUUGAGCCCCGCUCUGCGCCUCUCCUUCCGCUGGUGGACCAAGGUUCAACACCUCUCCAAGGGCACGUCGUUCAGAGAACCCCGCAGAACCGUCGUGACCACAGACGCCAGCCUCAUAGGUUGGGGAGCCCACUGCAACUCCCAGUACGUUCAGGGGGUUUGGCCCAACGCAGAGAGAUCUCGAAGCAUCAACUGGCUGGAACUAAAGGCUGUCCACUUGGCUCUAUGUCAUUUUCAGUCUCUGUUCCCUUUGCAGCAUGUGCUCAUUCGAACAGACAACACGUGUGUAAAAUCACAUUUGAACAGACGGGGGCACCAGGUCUCGUCCUCUGCAGGACUUAGCCUCCCUCAUCUUUGUCUGGGCAGAACAACAUCUACAAUCCCUGAAAGCAGAGCACCUCAGAGGGAUUUUGAAUGUGACAGCAGACUGGCUCAGCAGCCAACAGGUCUUCCCGGGAGAAUGGAAACUUCAUCCAGCCAUUUUCCAUCGUCUCCAGUGUCAAUUCGGCGCCCUCUCAGUCGACCUGUUUGCUUCCAGUCACAAUUGCCAGCUUCCAAGGUACUUUGCCCGAUACCUGGACUCAACAGCAGAAGCAGUGGAUGCUCUGACAACACCGUGGCCAGACGGUCUAUUGUACGCCUUUCCUCCCAUACCAUUGUUAGCCAAAACCUUGAGGAAGGCGCGAACCGAAAGGGCACAGCUGGUUCUGAUAGCACCAUUUUGGCCACGCCGACCGUGGUUCUCAGAUCUUCUGGCAAUGUCGAUGAUGGAUCCUUGGACACUUCCAGUAACGCCAGACCUCCUAUCCCAGGGUCCAGUACUGCACCAGGACCCUACUUGGCUCAAUCUAACAGCGUGGCGUUUGAACGGAGACACUUGAGGUCAGCUGGACUGUCUGACGCUGUGAUUGAUAUUAUUUUGGCCUCGAGAAGACCAUCUACCACUCGAAUUUAUCAACAUACCUGGGUGGCUUUCUCCAAGUGGUGUCAGUCCCACCACCACGAUCCAUCCCAGGCCAAUGUGCACCAGGUACUCCAAUUUCUCCAUAGUGGCUUUAUGAUGGGACUUCGACCCAACACUCUACGUAGACAUGCGUCUACUCUGUCAUCCAUUCUCUCAGUGUCCUCUCCUGGAGAUCAUAUUUCCUCACUUCCGUUCAUUAAACGUUUUUUGAGGGGAGUCGCCCUACGCUCUCCGGCUGUUGUCCAUCGGUUCCCCUCAUGGAGUUUGCCGAAAGUCCUGCAGGCUUUGCAACGCCCUCCAUUUGAACCCAUCAGGACUGUGCCCCUACGCAUACUGUCCUUCAAGGUCCUGUUUCUGAUUGCAAUCACAUCUGCCAGACGCGUUUCGGAGUUGGGUGCAUUGUCUUCUGCUAGACACCUCUGCGUCUUCCAUAAGGACUCUGUUGUGCUGAAGACUGACCCUUCCUUUCGUCCCAAGGUCGAUUCAGUUUUUCAUUGCAACCAGGACAUUGUGUUGCCUUCUUUUUGCCCGGAUCCUACCCAUACUCUUGAAAAGGCUUGGCAUUCGUUAGAUGUCCGGAGGGCUCUCAAGACCUACCUGUCUAGGACCCAAGAGAUUCGACGAACGGAGUCUCUAUAUCUCUUUUAGACUCGCUACGAAUGAACUGGAGAGUGGGAGGGGCAUGACGCCCCUAGUCUUGACUUCAAAAACAUUCUUGCCUUCGCACGAUAGGUGGAACUAUUUCCCACAGUGAUGGCCCCUUCCUAUGAAAAUCACCUUUCAGGUGAGACCAAUGGUACAUUCACAUUAAAAUGGAAUAUGAAUAGUGGCAUCCUUGGGACUGUUGUGUGUAGGCGCUGAAGUCAUGAAGUAGGUGAGAGAAGUAGAAAUCAGUUGUGGUAGGAGAGGGUAUUUUUUUAGGUAGAGAUACUCAAUACUGGAUAGGAUCCAAAGGCCAUGCAUUAGGGCUUUUCAGCUUCCCUCUACUCACCCACCUCAUUUCCUCUCAAAAGCUGUUUAAAGUUGUUGUCCCUCUAGAACAGAGAUGAGGAAACUGGCCCUACAGAUGUUGUUGGACUGCAGUUCAGUUUAUCCCUCAUUGUUGGCCAUACUUCCUUGGAUUGAUGGGAACUGUAAUCCAGCAACAUCAGGGGGGUCAUAGGAUAAUGGAUUUAAUGGAAAUGCCUAUGUUUGCUAGGAAGAGUGUAAAUAUUUAUAUCUGAGAAAUGAUCAAAUUGGUUCUUCAUUUACAUAGAAGGCUGUCCUAUUUUAUCUGGUAG